GUCCGAGGUACUGAUAUGUCCGACGUACUGAUAAACCACGUUAUGUAUAAACACUAUAUAUUACCACCACCUAAUACCCUACGUAUAUGCCGUGUGAAUCCCCAAAUAUUGAUGCCAUACAAAUCGUCCAUAGAUGGUUCCCUCGAAAUCCCUUCACAGCCCGAACCCGACUCCGAAAAGCAGGCAAAAUGCUUGUUAGAUCUCUCCUCGUCCUCGAGUCGGUCAUGCCCACAACAAAGAAUAUCCGCAAGCAUCACCCCCUUUAUCCCUCGUCCUCGAGUUCUUUUGUCCUCACCUCACAUCAUCUUUAUUCACACACCCGUCCUUGUCUUCCCUCGCCGUCCUCGCCCAUCAAAGGAACCCCCUCCCAGACAAAGCACUCUCCGUAUACCCAUCCGCCCCUUAAAAUGCCCAUUCCUAUAGGCCCCCUCCAAUUUUUGUUUUACUUCUCAAUCCAUCGAACGACAAUAAUUCACUGCUCCCCAACGCGACGAAGCACACAUUUCCACUCACCAAACACCGCUCGAACAAGAGCUAGGGCGCCAUGCCCCCCCAAAAAGGAGUCUCGCAAGGAGGGCUAGGAAGCCGUACCGGGCUGCGAAGCCAGGGGGGAACCAACCCGCCAGACCCCGGCGCAGGCGCAGGCGCCCCUCCGCUCGACCCAAACAACCAAUGCGCCCCCGGUAUCCUGCCACCCGGCCCCUUAUAUGGUCAUGGAGUCCAGAGAGCCACACUCACACCAUCCCUGUCAACCGCCUCGCAAAUCCAGCCCCGGCCCGGCGAGGACCCCGGGUCGUUCGAGAGACGCCGCAAAGCGCGGGAGCAAAUGUCCGCAAUGCAGGCGGCGAGGCGGGCUCGGGUGCGCGCGGUUGCUGAGGCUGCCGAGGCUACCCGGGGUAGUGGGGAGGUGGAGGAACCGAAGAGGAAGAGGCCCAGGCGGGAGCUGGUAGAUAAGCUGAAUGCGGGCGCGACGAGGGUGACGAGGAGUGCGAUCGAGAGGGACGAGGAGCUCGGCAACUGCCCUCAUUGCUCGAGGGGGCAGACGUGGCCGCUGAAGUGUCAUGGCGGCGAUGAGUGUAUUGAGUGCGAGGCGAGGGAGAUCGUGUGCAUUAGAGCUAAUAGAAGGCAAUUCGAUAUAAACCGGGCGAGACAGCUGCAAGGAGUGGAGCCCUGGCGCCCGGAUAUUGAUCAAUGCCGCCAAUGCAAGAAUAUACCUAUGUCAACAUACGGCACGGGUCUACCACCCGCUCCGCAGCGCAUGAAUGUUAGACCUUCUGCAGAUAUGAGGAAUUGGCCACCACCGAGUGAUCGGCUUGAAGUUCCAGGCAAUGUGGCCAUACCGGGCGUCCUUCGGGGCUAUCAGGUCCUAAACUUUGGACCAGGGCAUCCAGGUGUUGCAGGACCAGCUGUAGAACCAUAUGUAAGUCCAUACCCACCAGCUGCAGGACCAGCUGUAGGAAUAUUUGCACCACCAGUCGCAGGACCAUCUUCGGAACCACCUUCAGGACCAGUUGCAGGGCCAUCUUCAGAACCAUUUGCAAGACCAUCUUCAGAACCAUUUGCAGGACCGUCCCAGUCCCCACCCGUCGAAGCAGGCCCAAGUUCCCAGCCGCUCGGGCAAGGCCCUGGAAUCAACCCUAAUAACUUCCGCAACAGCCUCUACAAUCCCUUCAACGAUGACAAGCCACCAUGCAGCCACUGCGCAGCGGAUCUCGAGAACCGCAUCUGCGAUCAAGACUCUCCCUGCUGGGAAUGCUCGGUACGAGGUAUCGUAGAGGCAGAAGACUGCCGGACCUCUCGACCAUGCGAGCUCUGCUUCAUGAACGAGAUGCCAUGCGACGCUGGUUCUCCCUGCCAGCACUGCAUGUUCCUCGGAUUCGGCGCCGACGAGUGCCGUCCCGAAGGCCUUGGUCCCCAAAUAUAUUUCCCCGAUAACCCAGAAGAAUCCGAUGACGAGCCGUACAUUCACCUCACAGGACAGCCGGAAUUCGACUAUAGCUGCGCCUUCUGCGUCGCGUAUGGGUUCGAAGGGUGCGAUCCGCGAGAUCGGCCAUGUUUGCCGUGCAUUCAGCACGGACGGACGGCGCUACAGUGUCGCUUUGAAGAACGCUGUGCCAGGUGCAUAGAGAUGGACGUGCCAUGUGAUGGCAAAAUGCCUUGCUCCUUGUGUGCCACCGCGGAUGGGUUGACUAGUAUGAUGUGCCUUGGCCGUGGGGACACAACCAUGCCGGGGGCCACCAUCAACGAGCCCCCUGAGGAGGGAGACGACAUUCCGAUGGGCGAGAGAGGUGACUACCCACCUCUCGCUGGGUUUGGGUACCAGUUCCCCCCGCGAGGCGGGAAUAACCCUUUUGCUCCACCCCAGGCACCGCCGCAGGAGCAUGUCGACCCUGCCGCUUUAGUUGCGCAGGGACUCCAAGGACAAUCUAUCCUUCCACAGGAAGAGGUCCCUCGAGUACCACCCGGAGGCUUCUUCUUCCCGCCUGCACACGUCCGUGAGACACUUCUCCCCCACUACCGUAUCCGCACAGAUGUAUACGCCAACGGCCAAUUCGAUCCUCAACCAGGAGCCCAUGUCAACUGGCGGCCGUGGGCGGAAAACUUCAGGUGUAAAGAGACCCUUGCAACUGGGAUGCUUUGCAACGUCCUCCCAACCAUGGACUGUGACGGCGGCGAAGAGCACGGAGACAGGAACUGGUGCGUUUGCGGGGAGUGCCGCAGACGUGCAGAGGAAAGCACGGCUCAUCUCAGGGAGGAGAUUGAGGUGAAGAAGAACUUGUUUUGCUGCUCUACAUGCUCACAGGCACAGAUGAAUAAGUUCAUCAGCGGCACGGCAUUCGAGAAUAUGGAGACGUUGGUGGAUAAUCACUGUGAUUGCGACGCUCAGAUGCGGGCAUGGCUGUGCUAUGCGUGUCGGUACAAGGUGAUCCAUGUUGUGGGCAACCGGAUGAUAUCGACGAGGGAAAAGCUGACGCGAGAUUCCGACAACGCUAUACUCUGUCCAAGAUGUGGAGUGGAACCUGGGAAUAAGGAGGCGGCGUAUACUUUGGCCAAUGGGGUCGCGAGGUGUUCGAGCUGCUGGGUUUGGAUCAACUAUGCCAAAUGA